AUGUACCGCCAAGUCCGAACAACUAUUCAGACCCAUUGCAAUCUGGAUGGGUGUAAUCGCAAGUGUGGACUGUUUCACGGUACAGGUAAAAGCUUAAUUGAAAUUACAGUAUGAAAGAGCCGUUUCACUCUUUUUCAGAUGUCUCCAAAUUAAUUGAAAUGAGAAAAAGCAAAACCAAACCUUCUAAGCCGAGUAAGCUCUGUUUAAUGUAUAAAAUAUUGUCUUCAGAGUUGAAAAUAACCACAGACUCCGAUCUGAAUUACCUCAGUUCUCCCCUCAAUUCAGCCGAGCCUUUAACGCCCAUGAAUAAAAGCCCCACGUUUGAUGAAGUCCUGGAAUCAGCCAAGAGGAAGGUCAGCCGAGACUUUGUAGAUAUCCGUUUACAAAAUGUGAUCGAAGAGGAAAUAGAAUUUGAUCGAAGAGCCUUGGCCGGGUCUACUCCUUAUCCCGAAGAGUUCCGGCAAGAUUCGACUUUAUUGGAAGGGCUUGAUGAUACCGAUUCAGAUGAAGAUCCCUGGUUUGCACAAUCCCCUCCAUCCGAUAUCACUGUAGAUGAUACAGUAGAAGAGUUGAUACGGUAAGUUUGAACGAAUAUUCUGACUAGGGAAGUGUACAAAAUGACCCACCAAAUGACAAAUGAUAUACAUCAUUGAAGAGCCCUUGAAAGUGGUAAAUUGAUGUUAGUACAUCUAAACUACCUCAAAAUAGGUGUUAGACUAUCCUAGGACCCGAUCAAUCUUAUUAUUUCUACUAACUAAGCCUUCUACUAGCCUCUCCCAUGCACCGACGAACCGACGCGAUCCAUAAUAUCGUUGACCCGAAAAGUCGUAAACUUUUUUCCAUUAAAAGAAUCUUCUCUGUUUAGUUAAUAAAAUGACUGUCGAAAACCAUAUUCAUAUUCGCCAUAUUAUCGGUCUGUCGGAAAAAUAACGGCGGAUCGUCGCGCCUCCGAAUCGCCCAUCAUCGCUUUGCGACUCCAAGCCGCGGCUUGGGAUUUGGUGCGCGACAGCGGCGAGCGAGACAUUUUGAUGCGACGAUCCGCCGUUAUUUUUCCGACAGACUGAUAUGCUCUACCACUUCGAGAAAAGUUGGGAGUCAGCACGGUCAUCCCGCGAUCUCAACGAACUUUUCGGCGAAGGAACAAAAAAAGACACCAUUUCCCAUUGGAUAAUUCCGCUUCUGUCCCGCCACACACACCACAUAGCCUUCUUACAGUGGACGUCUUUUGGUAUUCAUUUGGGACACCUGGCGAUUUUUUUUGUUCCUUUGCCGAAAAGUUCGUUGAGAUCGCGGAAUGACCGUUCUGACUCCCGACUUUUCUCGAAGUGUUAGACCAUAAUACGGCGAAUAUGAGAAUGGUUUUCGACAGUCAUUUUAUUAACUAAACAGAGAAGAUUCUUUUAAUGGAAAACAGUUUACAAAACGCGAAUUUUAACUAACAAAAAACGCGCCAAUAAAAACGCCGGAUAAUUAUGCAUCAACCUAAUAUCAAAGAUACAAAUCAACCGCUCAUAAUUUUCCGCCCUGAGGCAUUCUGCAAAAACUGAAAGUAGUUUUUAAUACUACUCUUCAAGGGCUUUCGAGCGUUAUAUAACACUUGCUCUUUGGUGAGGGUCAGUUUUUACACUUCUCUAGUGAGUGCAUUUUUUGGUUACAGAGAAACGCAACCGCCUCCAGAUCAUUACAGUAAUCCCUUGUAUCGAAAAGCGGAUUCCUUGAAGAAGAAACGAGUAAAUCAUACCAAUAGCAACAGCAGCAUUGACCUCUCUGUAGCCGAUUUUGCGAUGAAUGACACCAGUAAGUGCUUUCUAGUCAUCAUCGGGAAAGUAUUGCCAUGA